UGGUGAUUAGGGGAUUUCCGUACUUUUGGGAUCGCCGUUUUUUCCUGGCGCAGUGAUAACCAGUUUCAAGUACUAAUUCCAAUGCUAUCCUGUGUGUUCCGAUCCUGUGCUGGAUUUCUACGUACUGUACUUCUUCACGAAACUAGCCCAAGAUGCCUGUUAGCGUUUCAUUAUGGCCCAUCCGCGGUUCUUCCGGGGGCCUUAUCUGGAAGUGCUUGCUCUAGGAAAUCAUCACGGACCUGUUCUACCGGCGCUCAUGAUUUAUUCCCACGUGACCUACAAAAACCGCACCCUGAUCCAAAGGCUUCACAGCCGUCCGCAUUUGACGGAUCACUGGAAUCAUUUGAGCAGUACAUUCAUGACCCUUCAAGGUCGGUGGAAGAUAUCCUUUCGGUCGAUGUGAGGCCACUUCCGGCGAUUGUUCAGCUAAGCUGUCUGGAAGCUGUUCUCAAUCACUAUCACCGGAGCAGUUCAUCAUCCCUGCAAUCCACGUUGCAGUCGUUUGAGAAUACCGUGCAACCACAUGGUACUGGAUACCAUGAGCAGUGGCCUCAAAAGUAUUUGGCAGCCGAACACACCGCACGCUGGUCUGACUGGGACUUGGGAAUAAACCCAUUCGUUGACAGCCACAAUACAGAACGGCAAUGGGUGCACUCACCGCGAUUCGAACUGUUGUUGCUUGCUACAGCGGCUUCUGCUAACCAGUUACCCAUCCCACAUCUACUUCGUUUGGCCGGCCAUUUCUCGUAUCUUUGGCACUUUUAUGAUCCGAAGGUGUUCGCAUCCAUUCUCCGAUUACUUACUGGCCAGGUUAACGAACUGGGGUUGACUGACAUAUUUCGGCUCACAUCGGUUGUUCGAGACAUCCCACAUCCCGUUGAUCCAAAUACAUCAGAUGUGGUUGAUCCUGCAUCCGAAGACGAGUCUGGAAACACGCUCCCUAUUCUGAUCAAGGAAGCAAACCUACUUAGGACAGCACUCCGUCUACAUGUUCUUUCAAAAAUGAGCGGACUGGAUUCGUUUGACGCGGUCACUUUGCUCCGUUUUAUUGAGGAAAUCGGACCUGGAUUGAACAAGACGGACCUACAACAACUACUGUAUUCUGUCGAAUGCUCUCUCAUCUGCAACCCGCAACAACAGAGUCUGUAUUCACUGCUCUUUAUGUGCAGUAGAUUGAGUCUACUCCGUCUUCCUCAUCGAGGAAUUUUAAAUCGAAUCAUUUCCCAGGUUCAGCGAAAGUUACGUCUCGCCCGGCGUCUUCCUAGAACCGACCAAACCCGGUGGCUUGGCGCAGUGGUUGCGGCGCUAGCAAAUGUAAUGACUGGCGCCCCUCAGACAGUAGAUCAGUCAGUCGAUGCCGUGGAACUUUUCGCAAGACCUCCUGUAAUGCCAAAUGCCAAGACACCUGAUGCAUUCAUCAAUAACUCGGGCGUCGACUUCAGUAAUUUGCUCACCAAAGACUGGGUCCGCCAAAUCUUCACAGAUAUAACCGGAUAUUUAGUCUCUAGACCCACCAGUGAGUCUGAUUCUUCGCGGAGUUAUCUGCAAGAAGUCGCCUACUCAUUGGCCCUCCUGGGCUAUCGGGCUGACAGCAUUUUAGAACAAGCGUACGUCGAAACGAAUGAACCUACUUGUGCUCCGCCCACCGAUCGGCCUCCCUACGUCACCCUUUCUGAGCUUUUGAUCGGACUGCCGAACACAAGGUUGCCUGACGCAACUGUCAUAGAUUCGGUCGCUUGGCUUCCCCGCAUUGAGUGGCAGUUCUACCUUCGGCUUUCAACGGAAAUUAACUUUGACGAACAACCCUUCCAUUCCGGCACAGCGGAUCAGUUGAAAGACUACGUGAAUGUGAAGAGCUCUGAGGUUCUAUCAGUAACUGAUGCGUUACUGUCACGAGUCCACCCGAGGGCGGAUUUGAAACUGCUCAAUUUUCAUCGACUGCAGCUGGACGGGCACGAUAUUCUUUUCAAGAAAGAAUCAACCACUUCACCGGGUAUCACGAAAGUUGCACUCUGUUUCGUUUGCUACAAACGUGACAUCCUCAUCAGUCGUCCCUUGCAAACAUUGAUCCAAGCGUACGCAUCAACAGGUUGCGAAAUUCCCGUGCUAGUUUUUGAUUAUUCUUCGUAUGCGCCUUCCAAACAAGCUGGGCGAUUAGAGCAAUGUGAUUCGUUUCUCAAGGACGUUCUCCUAAAAAUGGUGGAGUCACCGGGUGUGCCUUCCGAUCAACUUAAGGUGUGGACUGAUGCUGUCCACAUUCCCACAAGCUGAUACGUGUCCAUCAGGCGACAUUCACGAACUCCCUGGUGCAUGUGAACAGAAAUGGCUCUACAGGAGGUAGAAAGAAACAAGAAAAAACGAUUUAAUUCUUUUUCUGCCAUCUUGUUUCACUUCUGUGGGUAACGGAUGUUUCACUGGGGUUAUUGAAGUAAUAU